UUUAACUGCAACGACAUCUUUAACUUGGGUAAAUCAGGAUAUGAGAAGAAAGACAAACUGAAGUCUGUUCUUACUAAAGGCAUCGCUGGAAUCGGAAAAACCGUCUCUGUGCAGAAGUUCAUUCUGGACUGGGCCGAGGGAAAAGCCAAUCAGGAUGUGGAUUUCAUGUUUGUGCUUCCAUUUCGAGAGCUGAACUUGAUCCGAGAUCAUCAGUACAGCCUUCAUAGCCUUCUGUUGAACUUUCAUCCUGAACUUCAAGAUCUGGACCCAAAGAUGUAUGAAGAAUGUUGUGUUGUGUUCAUCUUUGAUGGUCUGGAUGAAAGCAGAAUCACACUGAUGUUUUCAGAUGAUCAAAAAGUUUUUGAUGUGACUGAGACUUCAUCGGUGGCUGUGUUAAUGUCAGAGCUCAUGAAAGGAGAGCUGCUUCCUUCUUCUCUCAUCUGGAUCACCCCUCCAAACAUUGACCUUGUGACAGAAAUCCAGGGAUUCAAUGAUCCUCAGAAGGAGGAAUAUUUUCGUAAGAGAUUCAAUGAAGAUCUUCAAGCCAGUAGAAUCAUAUCGCAUAUUAAAAGAUCAAGAAGCCUUCACAUCAUGUGCCACAUCCCCGUCUUCUGCUGGAUCGCAUCCAUUGUGCUUCAGAAGCUCCUGGAAGAUGAUCUGAGAGCAGAAAUCCCUCAAACUCUGACUAAAAUGUACAUCCACUUCCUGCUGAUUCAGAUCAACACUAGGAACCAGAAGUACGAAGACAAAGAUCCUGACAAACUUGUGCAGUCCAAUGGUGAAGUGAUUGUGAAACUAGCUGACCUGGCUUUCAGACAGCUGAUGAAGGGCAAUGUGAUGUUCUAUGAGGAGGACCUCAUUGAGAGCGGCAUAGACGUCACUGAUGCCUCAGUGUAUUCUGGGAUUUGCACUGAGAUCUUCAAGGAGGAAUCUGUGAUUUGUGACAGGAAAGUGUACUGCUUUAUUCAUCUGAGCUUUCAGGAGUUUCUGGCUGCUUUCUAUGCAUUUUACUCCCAUAUGAUUGAGAACGUGGAGGGACUGCAGCUGUUUCUAGGUGAUAAAUUUGACAGAUACAGAUCUGAGAAAAACUCUUUGUAUGAGCUGCUAACAUUAGCACUUAAUAAAACUAUUCAGAGUAAAACUGGACAUCUGGAUAAUUUUCUUCGGUUCCUGUUGGGCAUCUCACUGGAUUACAAUCAGAGACUCUUACAGGGUCUACUGACACACAUACAGAACACCUCAGAAACAAUCAAAGAAACAACACAGUACAUUAAAGACAAACUCAGAAGUGAUGAACCUCUCUCAGAAUACAGAGCCAUCAAUCUCUUCCUUUGUCUGCUGGAAGUGAAAGAUCAGACUCUGUCCAGAGAGAUUCAGGAGUUUGUAAAAUUAUAUAAACAUUCAGCGAAGAAACUCUCUCCUGCUCAAUGCUCGACAAUUGCAUACGUGCUUCAGAUGUCGGAGGUGCUGGAUGAUUUUGAUCUCACGAAAUACAACACAUCAGAUGAGGGUAGAAAGAGACUGAUGCCAGCUAUAAAGAACUGCAGAAAAGCUUUACUUGCUGGAUGUCAUCUCUCUGAACGACAUUGUGAAAGCUUGUCUUCACUCAUACAAUCAUCAGACUCUCAUCUGAGAGAGUUGGACCUUAGUAGCAAUGUCCUGAAAGAUUCAGGAGUGAAGAUGCUCUCUAUUGGACUGGAGAGUUCAGAAUGUAAACUGGAUAUGCUCAGAUUGGCAGGUUGUAGAUUGACUGGUCAGUGCUGUGAAACUUUGGUUACAGCUGAAGAAUCAUCCGUCCAACUGAGAGAGCUGGACCUGAGUAACAAUGACCUGCAGGAUUCAGGAGUGAAGCUGCUCUCUGAAGGACUGAAGAGUCCACACUGUCAGUUGAAAAUAAUGAGAUUGGUCAACUGUACUCUCACUGGUCAGUGCUGCAAAAGUUUGUCUUCAGUUCUACAAUCAUCAGACUCCCAUGUGAGAGAGCUGGACCUGAGUAACAAUGACCUGCAGGAUUCAGGAGUGAAGCUGGUCUCUGAAGGACUGAAGAGUCCAAACUGUCAUCUGGAGAAUUAA